CACAGUCAACCACUCAGCACCUGCUCAGACAAGCCUCUUUCCUAUGAGGCUUUACACUUCCUCUGUGCUGUCCGAGAGCACAUCGUGUGAGCGAGCAGAUUAUCCGUUUUUAAAGCAGAAAACCAUGGCAAGGCAGUGGCACUUGGCGUGUCUGUGGAUUGUCUGGCAUUUUCACAACCCUCACGUUGCAGCUUUCAACCUGGACACCCAGAAUGUACUGCAGAGAAGUGGAGAUCCAGGCAGCCUGUUUGGAUUUUCUGUUGCUUUCCACCAGCAGCUGAAUCCUGCCAGAAAGAACCUGUUGCUGGUAGGAGCUCCACGUGCCAAGCAUCAGAGCCAAGUGAAUGUUACAGGCGUUGUUUAUCAGUGUGAUCUGGAUUCAACAUCUGAGCGUUGUCAACCAAUUGAGUUUGAUGACGAAGAGUUCCUCGACAGUCAAGGAAUAAACAACCAGUGGAUGGGGGUUCGAGUCACAAGCCAAGGUCCUGGUAAAAAUGUAAUGUCUUGUGCACAUCGAUAUCAGCAGUGGAGCCCAAGCCCGAGCCUUCAAAUCCCUCACCUGCUAACGGGUCAGUGUUACCUCUUAGGAGACGAUCUGCAGGUUGGGAAGGAAGACAGGAAGUGGCGAAGAGUAGUUUGCGAUUAUGAACAUCUAACAAGACGUCAAAAAGACCAGGAGUGGUUUGCGUACUGCCAGCAGGGUCAUGGAGCAUCUUUUGCCAAAGACAACAGAUCCCUGAUAUUUGGAGCACCUGGAGCUUACCAGUGGAGAGGAAUUGUACGAAUGGAGCUGUUGGACAACCUGGACAUAUUCAGUGAAGACCCUCGUGAGACCGGAGAUAUAGACCAGUUCAACCCGAAGCUCAUCCCUUUCCAGAGAAACAGCUACCUAGGAUUCUCUGUCGACUCUGGAUUCGCCCUCCUCAAUAAGAGUGAGCUGACGAUUGUAUCCGGAGCACCUCGGGGAGGUUACAGCGGUCAGGUGGCGUUUCUGAAGGCCGACCCUAAGGCUCAGAGAAAUCUGUCUGUGGAGCUGGUUAUCUCCGGGCCGGGGCUGGCCUCCUCCUUUGGAUACGAUGUGGCAGUGGUGGAUCUCAACGGUGAUGGAUGGGAGGACCUUGCUGUCGGAGCACCACAGUACUUUGUUAAAGACGGCGUGGUUGGAGGAGCAGUCUUUCUCUAUGUUAACAAUGAGGGAAAAAACUGGGAGAAGAUUGUUCCGGUCAAACUUGUUGGACAGAAAGACUCCAUGUUUGGUCUUGCAGUGGAAAAUAUAGGAGACAUCGAUCAAGACGGUUAUGAAGAUAUUGCUGUUGGUGCUCCAUAUGACGGAUCUGGUCGAGUUUUCCUUUUCUAUGGUUCAUCUGGUCGCAUAAACACAAACCCAGCGCAGAUACUCUCACCUGGAUCCAAAACAGUGAAUCUGUUUGGGUAUUCUCUGGCCGGGAACUUGGACGUGGAUGACAAUCAGUACCCUGAUCUGGCUGUCGGAUCUCUUUCAGACUCUGUUUUUGUUUUUAGAGCGAGGCCCGUAGUCAGUGUCAGCACCUCUUUUAAGAUAACACCAAAUGAAAUCGACAUUACAAGGGAACGGUGUGAUGAACGAACAUGUUAUCUUUCAGGUCAGGCGUGCUUCACUUACACAGCACAUAGAGCAACAUUCAAUAAUAAACUGAUGCUCAACUACACCUUUGAGGCUGAUUCUGUGAGCAGAAAAUCGAGGCCCAGAGUCGACAUUCUGGGGUCACCUCGAGGGAAACUGGAGCUACCAGGACAAGGCAGAAAAAUCUGUACCGACAUUAAGAUCCGACUUCUGCGGGACAUCAAGGACAGACUGCGUAGGAUCCCCAUCUCUGUCUCAGUGUCUCUGUUUAGCUCCAGUCAGACAACCAGGACGAGUGCAGAUCUGUCCAACCUCACUCCUGUUCUCAACCUCUACCAGAAGAACACUACCACCUCAGAGAUUAGGCUCAUAAACAAGGGCUGUGGCAGCGACAACAUUUGCCAAAGUAACCUUCAGUUGCAGUACAAGUUCUGCUCCAAAAAAACACAAAAUGGUCAGGACAUUUUCAAAUCACUCGCCAGGGAGGAUGGAGAUGCAGUCAUCACUCCAUCUGAUGAAGACAUCGCUCUGGAGAUCACUGUGACCAACAGAGAUGGAGAUGAUGCCCACCAGAGUCAUGCAGUCAUUACGCUCCCAGAUACACUGCAUUACUCAUCUGUUGUCCACAGUGGAGCAGCAGAAACACAAGUGAGUUGCACAGCCAACGACAAAGGAACACUGAUAGACUGUGAACUGGGGAAUCCAUUCAAAAGAGAUGCUGAGGUUACGUUUUAUGUCUUGCUCACAACUUCUGGCAUCUCGCUGAGUACAAAAAAUGUCAACAUCACCCUGCAGCUUGAAACAACAAGUGUACAGACCAUACAGCCAGUGGAGGCAUUGGCCAAAGUGGUUUUUGAGCUGGAGUUGCAAGUAUAUGGCCUUGCCAGGCCUUCCCAAGUGUCACUUGGUGACGACGUUAAGGGGGAAAGUGCCAUAAAAUCACUGGAUCAAAUCGGAACUUCAGUUGAGUUUGAAUUCAGGAUAACAAAUUUGGGCAGACCACUCAAAUCUUUCGCAAAUGCAUCUCUGAACAUUUACUGGCCAAAGGAGAACUCUGUAGGAAAGUGGAUUCUGUACUUGACUCACAUCAGCAGUAAAGGUGUACAAUCUGUCCCCUGCUCACCUGCAAACGAGGUCAAUCCACUUAAAGAUGUAAAGGGCUGGCAGGCUCCAUCAAGGAACAGACGUGAAGCUGAACACGAAGCCCUCUCUACUGAUGGACUCACAUUUCUCCUAUCAAGAAGAAAAUACGAAACAUUGAGCUGCUCUGAUGGACUCAAGUGUGUGGAGAUACGCUGCCCUCUGCUGGGCCUGGACAGUUCUGCACUGCUGGUUCUGCAUUCCCGCCUUUGGAACGCAACUUUAGCAGAGGACUACAGCUCUUUGAACUACCUAGAUAUUGUCGUGGAUGCUACUCUGAGUCUAACCAACUCUCCAGAGAAUAUUGGACUUAACACAGAGAAUCCUGGGACAAAGGUAAAACUGACGGUGUUCCUUGAGAGAAAGACUGAAUUUUUGGUCAAAGUUGCGUGGUGGAUAAUCCUUCUGACAGUGAUUGCAUUGCUGCUGUUGUUGGCAGUUUUCGUCUUCUUGUUGUGGAAGCGUGGUUGCAUCCAACGCCUCGCUCAUAAAAAGAAGCUCCCACAUGAUAAAGAUCCAAACACAGAGACGGCUCCUCUUAAAGGCUAAAAGUGGAACCAAACGACAUCCUGCUGCUUCAGAGGUUUGAGAUGCACAUCUUGAACUGGUGAUGUUGUGGCUUCAGCUAUAGUCAGCUAUUCUGGUGUUGCAUACUAUCCAGUAUUAGUGCAGAAUUGCAUUAGGAUUCAUGUUUGAACAUUCGAUGUAGAACUUUCAUUAUUCGGGUGGGAUAUGUGUAACGUAAGUAAAGGCUCAACUGAGAUUUGCACUUUUUUUUAAGUUUCUAUAUUUUUUGCUACUUUUGUCAAAAUAAAAUAAAAGGCACAUCAAGAUAAUUUUCUUUAUUUUUUUAAUGAAGCAGAAAAUAUCAAUUGUUUGAUACCAAAAAACCAUUACAACAACAUGAAAAAAGUUGUGCUAUACUUUCACCAUGAAGGAAUGUGUGAGUAGUGGGAAUGGAUGAGAGGUCGGACUAAAUAACGACUUUCCUGAAAUUCAGUGGAAAUAUUGCCGCCACCAGCGACUAAUCUGACUGCUGAGCAUCGAAAGCACAUAUGAUUGAAACACUGUUGCUUCUGAAAUACCGUGAAACACGUUUGAUCAUUUGUGUGUGUGCAGUAUAACACUGUGUGUGGUGAGGUCUUGAAGUCUUCCUACUGUCCUGAAGGCUUCCGUUCCAAACAUAUCCUCGUCCGACUGCUGGCAUUAAUCACCAAUCAGUUGUAAUAUUAAACUUCAUGUUUUUCACUGAGUAUUUUCAAAGAGUACCAUUAAAAACGGUUAAUAUUUUGGGAAAAAAAUGGAUAUGUUUUUGAAUGAAACCCUCCUCUAGCAUUUCUUUGUAUUGUACAGGUGUAUUAGUCCAUUUUACAAGAAGUGUCAUUCAAAGUGGGAUUUAAUAAUUCCUUAUUUCACAGAAGUGUCUUUGCAGUAUCUAUACAUUCUUCUAUAUUCUCAGUGUCCGUUCUCUUUUGGGGUAAACUGACUUAGAUCGUCUGUUCAGAAUUCAUUUUGGGAAAUGUACUUUCUAAGCUGAAACUGGAGUGAGCAGCUGCUUAAGUUUAACCUGGAACUCAUGAAACUACUCGUCCAGUUCUGUCUAGAGGUAACAUCAUGAAGCUCUGCAAAACACAAAUGCUGUCUCUCAAUUAGCAGAAUAUCUAAUACAAUACACCCAAACUUUAGGUGUGGAGUCAAUACAGGGGCAGCAACUGCUUCCAGCCAAGAAAAAGUGGGACAUAAAAUGACAAAUUGUUGUUUUUACACAUCAGUUCAAAUUGAAUCAUGUAUUAAAGGGCUUGUGUGCAGAUUUUGUUACCUUCAGAGAAAGCCAGGUGAGGUAAUUCCAGUCUUUGUGCUAAACUAAUCAGCUGCUGGAUGCAUCAUUAUAUUAAUUUUCCUUUAAUCAAUCUUCUCAUCUAACUCUCUGCAGUCCUCAACAUGUGAAGCACGUUUCCCAAAAUGCCUAACUAAUCCUUUAAACUCAGUCUCAUCUUUCCCUUUCCUUGAUGACAACCCCUUGACAAGCUUGUUUUCUUUUUCUGGAAUUUCUUUGAUCUCAUCUUCAUCAAAAUGCAUUCAGCAACAGAAAGUGAAGGGCCACUGUCUCUAAGUUCUUAACUUCAUUUGUCUUUCUGUAACUAUUCAAUCAUAGCUUUCAUCAUCUGUUGUUGCUUUUAGGAAAAGUAAGUAGAAAAGAGCACAGUUAAAAACAUUCAACAUCUCAACAUGACCUCAGAACUGUAACUUGAAACCAGAACAUACAACAAACAAUACAACCAUACACAUUCACACACGAUGCUCAUUAACAAUCUCUGGUUCAGACCAAAAACACCUGGAAAAAAAACAACUGAGAGCAAUCUUUUUGCUCUUGGUGUGACAAUAAUAUUAUAAAAUGAUUGUUUACCAGAAGGAAUUAUAAAUACAACUUGAUUUUUUUCUUUUUUGUAACCAGAGAAAGUUAAAGACAGAACUUCUUUUAGAAGAUCGAACACUCAACCUUUGCUUUAAAAAUUAUAACAGAUCAAACAAAAUAUAUUACAAAUAAAUUAACCAACAAUAUAUUACAUAUAAGCAACCCAAAUUAGCUUGAGCUUUUACAUUCAAAAUCAGUCCCUUGUUUGGUUUCAAGAGCCAUACUUUUGCCUUUUUUU